AUGUCGUCCAAUUCUGACCUAACUAUGAGCCACCUUCAAUCACUCGCCACUCAUCACGGCUCCGGUUCUUCUACCGGAGGCAAUACUGCCAACUCUUCUCCUACUGACCCGGGUUCUGGAUCUUUGCGUCCUGGUUUUGCUAACGGGUCAAUGAGUGCUGGAAAUUCGACGAAUAGUGUAAGAAUGGGGGCAGGUUCUCCUAAUUAUGAUGCGUCUUCCGGUAGUAGGCUGUUCUCAAAAAGGGCACGCGAAAUUCAGGCCGAAGAGGGAGUUGGACCUCCACACCCUCCGGGUCUUUGGGGGCCAAUGCCAACAACCUCGGCAUCAUCUCUACGGGACCGCGAGAACUCUGUGCAGGAGUCACAACCAAGUAAUAGCUUCGCUGACAAUGGCUCAAUGGCAUCCGACUACACGUCUCCGGUGUAUCGCCGCGCACGCGCAGGGACCGUCCCCUCGAAAUUUUCACCCGGCGGCCUCACCAACGCUCCGCCAGCUAUCUCUCAAAUUCUUCCGCAGACAAGUCGUCCGUCCCCCGUGCCAAGCCCUUUCAAGUCCUCCUCGCCGUCAAAUUUGGACUUGGUAGACACCCCUCCUGUAUCUGGAGCAGGUCUCUCAACCUAUUCAGUAGCUUCCAGAUUACGCUCAGGAUCUUUGAACUUGCCUCAACGGACAAACUAUGUUAGUGCUUUUGGGCCUUCCAUCUUUUCGAGCUCCUGGUCACAAUCCCGCCCCGGAAGCAACAAUCUCCCUUCCCCAGCCCAGUCGUCUUUCUCGAAAGAUGAUGAGGGCACCCAUAUGGCACCAAAAACCCUAGAUUACCUUGGGCUUGUGGAUACACCUCAGACAUCAAGGGCAACCCUUGCAAAGCCGAUGACUCUUGACCCGCUUAUUGAAGGUCAACGUGCAGCUGCCCUACAGCCAUUUGUCUCAGAUCUUAGCUCUGUACAGAGGAACAUCAAUCGUAUUCGGUCUUAUUCGGUCAAUGCAAAGGAGAAGUACGCUGAAGAUGAAGAGGAUGAUGAAGAUGAUGAAGUUCGUCAUUUAUACUCGACUCAACACAGUGGUUCCGUGACCCCGAAUUCCAUGACUGCAAUGGCUGCUGCUCAAGCUCAGGCUAAUGCCCAUGCCUUGGCUGUGGCUGCGUAUACAAACCACGCAUCGCCGAGUCGACCUCGAGCCAGGACUGCUGGUAUUUUGGACUCUCCACCCGCCAGUCGGUUGAAGGGUUAUUUGGCUACUCCAUCAAGGCUUGACUCGAUGACAAGCGCUUCUGAUAUGAGGAGCGAUUAUUUUGAUUUACAGAGUGGGUCUGACACAUUGAAACUCGCUUCAUUGCACCCUCGCCCGUCCAGUGGUGAGGGUGGGUUGGCUUCUAUUGAAGAAUCUUCUUUGGAGGGUCCUACAAGAUCUUUAUGGCUCGGAAAUAUUCCUGCCUCUACAACUACCACCUCACUUGAUCACAUCUUCCGUACAUUCGGACACGUUGAAUCAGCGAGAGUCUUGACCCACAAGAACUGUGGUUUCAUCAACUUCGAACGCAUGGAAUCUGCAAUUCAGGCUCGCAAUCAGUUGAACGGAAAGGAAAUUUUCCCGGGUGCAGGGCCUGUUAGAAUUGGAUUUGCCAAGCCAUCCUCAGCCGGAAGCAACGGAACACCCACCCCCAGUGGAGGUGUAUAUGGGACACCAAGCCCAGAUCCCCAUCAAAACCCUACAGCCAUUGGUGCCGAAAAUGGUCUUUCCAUGUCUCGUGAUGGCAAUAACUCAACUUCAGGCGUUAACGGCAAGGAUGCAGGCACAGGCCACGACAGUACGGCAGUACCUAAGGUUCCCGAACUGUCCGAGAUGAAGGAUGAUAUACUCUCCAUUGUUGUGGAAUUCGGUGCUGAAAAGUCCGAGCUCCCAAAGAUGGCAAAGAAUAUCGAUUUUGCAAUCCAAUACGAUGAGUUUGAAGCCGAAAUUCCUUCUAUCCCUGAGCCCAGUCACAACCGGGUUCACGACGCACCAAAGCUUAGAGAUAUUAGAAAGAGAAUUGAUAAUGGAAACUGCUCUAACUCUGAAAUCGAAGAGAUUGCUCUCAACAUGCUCCCAGAAAUUGCAGAGCUUUCAAGCGAUUAUCUUGGCAACACUGUUGUUCAAAAAUUGUUUGAGUAUUGCUCCGAGGAAAUCAAGGAGACGAUGCUUGUUGAAAUUGGCCCUCACUUGGCUGAAAUCGGAAUUCACAAAAACGGUACCUGGGCUGGUCAGAAGAUCAUUGAUGUGGCAAAGACACCUGCACAGAUGAACAAAAUCUGCGACUGUCUUCGCCCUUACACCGUUGCGCUAUUCCUUGAUCAAUAUGGAAACUAUGUACUCCAGUGCUGUUUGCGAUUCGCAGCUCCUUGGAAUGACUUUAUUUUUGAGACUAUGCUGGGUCGUAUGUGGGAGAUUGCGCAGGGGAGGUUUGGUGCAAGGGCAAUGAGGGCGUGCUUGGAGAGCCAUCACGCUAGCAAAGACCAACAGAGAAUGCUGGCUGCUGCCAUUGCCUUACACAGUGUGCAGCUCGCUACCAACGCCAAUGGUGCAUUGCUGUUGACUUGGUUCUUGGACACUUGCACUUUCCCCCGCCGACGAACUGUGCUUGCACCGAGAUUGGUUCCUCACCUAGUUCAUCUCUGCACCCACAAGGUAGCGUACUUGACUGUUCUAAAGGUUAUUAACCAACGUAAUGAGCCAGAGGCACGUGAUACUAUUCUCAAGGCGUUAUUCUUCUCACCCGGAGAUAAGGUAUUGGAGGAUAUUUUGAGCGAUCAUUCUUGCGGAGCCACUCUUAUUUUCAAAGUUCUUACUACACCGUUCUUCGAGGAAACAAUGAGGAGUGAGGUUGUACAGAACGUCCGAAAUGUUCUUCUCAAGCUCAAGGCAACUCCUUCUCAGGGAUACAAGAGGUUGAUGGACGAGGUUGGUCUGUCCACUCGCAACGGUGUCUCCAACAACUCUGGUAGCAACAACAACAGCAACAAUGGGCAGAAAGACCAUGCUAGAGAGGCGAAUGGAAACUCAAAUGCAGGAAAUGACCGCAACCGAACACAUCACAAUGCACCUGCAAGCAAUAACCAGAACAAUCAUCACAAUAACCGUGACGUUCCAUCCGCUCCCUACUAUCCAACCGCCCAGCCAACUUUUGAUCCUGCCGUUGCAGCUCAGCUCUCUCAGAAUGGGGGCAUUGAUCUCGCGACCUUAAGGGCAUUUGAGCAAUUCAAUCUCAGCGCUCAGCUCUAUAACCCUGGUGGUCCACCUGGGAUGAAUAACCCACUGCAAUACCAAGCCUUGUUGCAACAAUCAAUGGCUCGUCCAGGUGCAGGGUUCUAUGGCAUGCCACCCCCAAUGGGCAAUUUCAACACUGCACCCGGUCCUCAGGAUCAAUUCCGUGGAGGACACCCGGGUGGUUCUCCAAUCCCUCAACAGCAGCAAAUGGCAGGAAGUCCGAUGCUUGGGGGGAUGGGGAUGGGUCCAGGUGGAAUAAACCCAUUGAUGGCACAGCAACUCAUGGCCAGCUAUCCUUAUGGAGCGAUGAAUGGACUUCCGGUUUUCUCUCAGCAGCAGCAACAGCAACAGCAACAGCAGCAACAGCAACAGCAACAGCAACAGCAACAACAGGGAGGUGCGGGUGGUGGAAGAAGGGGAGGAAGGCGCUAG